AUGUCUUCCCGCGACGAUGCCUCCCUCGGCGCAUCGCCUCCCUCCUACGAAUCCCAUCCCUCGACUGGCGGCGCGCCUCCGACCUAUGCGACUUUCUCACCCGUAACCCUUUCCGCAAAUACUCCUUCUCGAUCCUCCCGUCGAUCAACCAUCCUUGUCCAUCACAAGAGCCCGCUGCUCCUUGCCACUCCGCCUCAGAUCACCCGAGCCCUUGCCUACAGUCACCCCUUUAUACUCCCGUUAAACAACCUAGCGGGGCUGCUCACCUGGAGCACUGGAGAUCCAUGGCAGAGCUUCCUAUUAGUCUGCUUCUUCUGGGCCGUCGUUCUCUAUGGAGAUGUGGUAGUCACAUGGGCCGGGCCUGUCAUGGUAGGCGUGGCCCUUAUUGCUGGCAUGUACGGCCGAAGAUACAGUCCUCUCAGUAGUAGUGGGUGGGCCGAACCUCGAAGCCAACACAGAGAUGCUGCGUCUCAAGGCGCAACUCAGACCGGUGAGGCCAGCCACCAAAAGGGGAAGCCCAGCGUCAGCGAGAAGCAGUCGAAGCAUGUUAGGGGAAACUCCGAAGUCACCAAUACCAAGCACCAAAAGACGUUGGAUGAGAUUGUCGAAACAGUCAAAGAGUUCACAGGGAGAUGCAAUGUCCUCCUGGAGCCUCUCCUUGACAUGACGGAUUUUCUCAGCACCCAGAGAACACCGACCAGUGCUACGACUCGACCAGCCGUGACCGUCAUCUUCAUGCGCCUCCUCAUAAUUACACCCAUUUGGAUCGCCUUGACUGUUCCACCAUGGAGGGUCAUCACUACGAGGCGGGUUAUACUAGUCGCUGGCACAAUCAUCUUGACAUGGCAUGCAAGAGUUAUGAGGGUCUCUAGGGCUAUCCUUUGGAGAAGCUCCAUGGUGCGGCGGGUUGCGGCCGGAAUCACCGGACUUCAGUUUGACACACCCGAAAAGCCAUUCCGAAAAGAAUUGGCAGUGGCUGCCACCAAGGGCUCAGAACGUGUGGCUCAAGAGUCGGAACUUACAAAGGCUCUGGGCAAGUCUUCAAGCUUUUCAACAAACCAUGGACGAAGGAACGGCCACGCCAAGACUGCAGGUGUCAAGUUCACGUUUAUCAUCUACGAGAAUCAACGACGUUGGCUAGGUCUCGGGUGGACGAACAACCUUUUCGCAUAUGAACGACCUGCGUGGACAGACGAGCAUAAUAAUCCGGUACCUGCAAAGGAUGACUUUGAGUUACCCGAGGUGGAAGAUGGGAGCCGUAUGGAGUGGCGAUGGGUUCAGAGUGGCCGUUGGCGCGUUGAUGGAGUUACCGACGAUCAAGGGGCCAUCGACUAUGAUGGAGAAGAGGGUAAGAAUGGAUGGAUCUUUUACGACAACAAGUGGCAAAACGGACAGCGAGGCCAGGAUGGUUGGAGCCGAUGGACGAGACGACGGAAGUGGUAUCGUGAUGCCGAGUUGGUUGAAGUGGACCAGUCACAGGAUGCUCACGCCGGUGAUGCGGUAGAAGCCAAGGACUCUCCCACAGUGGCCAAUGUAAGGACUCAACAAUACAACUCGAGCAACGAAACCAUGGUUCCCACACGACCCGACGCGGCCGACCAGGCCCAAGCCCACGCCGAGGACCUCAGCAUCGAUGACGCGAGUUCCAAAGCAGCAGACGAUUCCCUGUCAGUACACUCGACAUCUUCAAGAUCAUUCUUCCGGUCGCCAUUAAUGCGGAAGCGUGUCGCUGACCGAUCCGUCACGGAUAAAGAACGUACUAGGAGGGCCAGUAGGACUAGCAGCUUGUACAACGACGAUGACGCGAGCGGCCUUGGAGCAUCCCUUGCACUGGAGAUCCAGAAACAGGGCAAACCAGGUGGACAGUGGGGGAUUGGUGACGAGGCACGAAUGAGUCUUGAGUGA